UGCUCCCAGGCCGCCCGAGCUUCCCUCACCCUCCAGCAGAGGUCACCUCCUGGUGAGACUUGGCCCCUGCCAGGCCUUGGCCUGCAUCCCAGGUUUGCAGUUGUGAUUUAUUUCUGGUACGUCAGCCUUCCGACACCAAGUAGCCAAGCCCGAAGGACGAGCAGUAAGAUAUCCUACUGUGGCCACGAGUGUCUGCGGGGGACCUGCUUCAGCCCUCAGUUGUCCCCACUCCCCAAGGGGCUCUGAGACCUUUGGGAUUCCUGUCACAUUCACUCAAGGGCCUGCGAGGAGCUAACAAGCCCUUCAGCCUUACCCUGAGGUGCUGAGCAUGACCCGGGACGAGGCACUGCCGGACUCAUACUCGGCACAGGGCUUCUAUGAGAACUAUGAGCCCAAGGAGAUCCUGGGCAGAGGAGUCAGCAGCGUUGUCAGGCGUUGCAUCCACAAGCCCACGUGCCAGGAGUAUGCUGUGAAGAUCAUUGACGUCACUGGCGGAGGCAGCUUCAGCCCUGAGGAGGUGCAGGAGCUGCGAGAGGCCACGCUGAAGGAGGUGGACAUCCUGCACAAGGUCUCGGGGCUCCCCAACAUCGCUUUUGAGCUGAAGGACACUUAUGAGACCAACACUUUCUUCUUCUUGGUGUUUGAUCUGAUGAAGAGAGGGGAGCUCUUUGAUUACCUCACUGAGAAGGUCACUUUGAGUGAGAAGGAAACCAGAAAGAUCAUGAGAGCCUUGCUGGAGGUUAUCCGCAACUUGCACAAACUCAACAUUGUGCAUCGGGAUCUGAAGCCUGAGAACAUCCUCUUGGACGAUAACAUGAACAUCAAGCUCACAGACUUUGGUUUUUCCUGCCAGCUGGAGCCAGGCGAGAAGCUGCGAGAGGUCUGUGGGACCCCCAGUUACCUGGCCCCUGAGAUCAUCGAAUGCUCCAUGAAUGAUGACCACCCAGGCUACGGGAAGGAAGUGGACAUGUGGAGCACCGGGGUCAUCAUGUACACCCUGCUGGCCGGCUCCCCGCCCUUCUGGCACCGGAAACAGAUGCUGAUGCUGAGGAUGAUCAUGAGUGGCAACUACCAGUUUGGCUCACCUGAAUGGGAUGAUUAUUCAGACACUGUGAAGGACUUGGUUUCCCGCUUCUUGGUGGUGAACCCCCAGGGCCGCUGUUCAGCAGAAGAGGCCUUAGCGCAUCCCUUCUUCCAGCAGUAUGUGGUAGAAGAAGUGCGUCACUUCAGCCCCCGGGGCAAGUUCAAGGUGAUCGGUCUAACAGUACUGGCUUCAGUGAGGAUCUAUUACCAGUACCGCCGGGUGAAGCCCGUGACCCGGGAGAUCGUCAUCCGUGACCCCUAUGCCCUCCGGCCUCUGCGCCGACUCAUCGAUGCCUAUGCUUUCCGAAUCUAUGGCCACUGGGUGAAGAAGGGACAGCAGCAGAACCGGGCUGCCCUCUUCGAGAACACACCCAAGGCUGUGCUCCUCUCCCUGGCUGAGGAAGACUACUGAGGGGCUGGCAGGCGGGGUAGGUAGGCUGGGGGGCAGGCAAGGAGGGAAAGCCACAGAAAUGUAAGUUGAGGAGUGAGAUCAUGUCCAGGCCUCUGUCCAGAGGGGGCACUUGGCCCCGGCCAGGACCCCUGAAGUGGGGCCACCAUCCCCUCUCAGAGGCUCUGCACAAGAAGCGCAGGGUGCUCCCACCACAUGUUGGUAAGUGUGCUCGGCGCGAGGCCCUGCGGAGGGGGAGCUAGAGGUGGUCUGAGAGCCUUCCUGCUUCUCUACUUCCCAGCUGUACCACCAUCUCAGGUCCUUCUCAUGGGAGGCCCAGAGUUCCUGACACUCACGCGUACUUCCCUUAAGGUCCCAGGGGGAGGAUAACAGACAGGACAGUCUGAGAUACAUAGUCAUGGAGAUUUUACUGACCUCACAACAUCCAGUGAUGCCAUGGGAGCAGAUUCUUUUCCAGGGACAUGUGUUUACAGGCAUAUGGAAGCCCUCGUGUAAUUAACAAUAGAAAGGGAAGGUUCUGGUA